GUCCAGUGCCUGACUGAGUGUCUCCAGCAGCAGGAAGUGAAAGCCUGCUGGCCGCUCGGGCUUUAGUUUGCUCAUAAACUUGAUCAAAAUUUGUCGGUUCUACAACUUGAAAAAUGGACAGCCAAGGCAGGAAAGUUGUGGUUUGUGAUAACGGAACCGGGUUUGUGAAGUGUGGCUAUGCGGGUUCCAACUUUCCGGAGCACAUCUUCCCUGCGCUAGUGGGCAGGCCCAUCAUUCGCUCCACAGCUAAAGUUGGCAACAUUGAGAUUAAGGAUCUGAUGGUGGGUGAUGAGGCAAGUGAGCUGCGCUCCAUGCUGGAGGUGAACUACCCGAUGGAGAACGGCAUCGUCAGGAAUUGGGAUGACAUGAAGCACCUGUGGGACUACACUUUUGGUCCAGAGAAACUAAACAUUGACUCGCGUAACUGCAAGAUUCUCCUCACGGAGCCCCCCAUGAAUCCCACCAAAAACCGUGAGAAGAUCAUUGAGGUUAUGUUUGAGACCUAUCAGUUCUCAGGGGUUUAUAUUGCAAUUCAGGCUGUGCUCACAUUGUAUGCUCAAGGUCUAUUAACGGGAGUCGUGGUGGAUUCAGGUGAUGGUGUCACCCACAUUUGCCCUGUAUAUGAAGGGUUCUCUCUUCCUCAUUUAACUCGCAGGCUGGACAUAGCAGGGAGAGACAUCACUCGAUAUCUUAUAAAGUUGCUGCUGCUGCGCGGAUAUGCUUUCAACCACUCGGCAGAUUUUGAGACUGUGCGCAUGAUGAAGGAGAAACUCUGUUAUGUAGGAUACAAUAUCGAGCAGGAGCAGAAGCUUGCUUUGGAGACUACUGUACUGGUGGAAUCCUACACGCUCCCUGAUGGCAGAGUGAUAAAGGUCGGAGGGGAGAGGUUUGAGGCCCCUGAGGCUCUUUUCCAGCCUCAUCUGAUUAACGUGGAGGGAGUGGGAGUUGCUGAGCUGCUCUUCAACACCAUUCAGGCAGCAGAUAUCGACACCAGGGCCGAGUUCUAUAAACACAUUGUUCUCUCAGGCGGUUCUACCAUGUAUCCAGGCCUGCCAUCUCGACUGGAGAGGGAACUCAAGCAGCUCUAUCUCGAGCGCGUGCUUAAAGGGGAUGUGGACAAGCUCUCUAAAUUCAAGAUCCGGAUUGAGGAUCCUCCACGGCGCAAGCACAUGGUGUUCCUGGGUGGAGCUGUGCUGGCUGACAUCAUGAAGGACAAGGAGAACUUCUGGCUGACGAGGGAGGAAUAUCAGGAGAAGGGUGUGCGCGUGCUCGAGAAGCUCGGUGUCACAGUCAGAUAAACUGUUCGCGUCUGCUCAACCCUCUGCGUCCUCGCCACUCUCCCACGUAUAGGAUAUCCAGAGCAUCUGUCCAGUUGUGUGUCGCUAGAACUCUCUCACCUCCUGCAUUCUGCUACUCGUGCCACUGAGUCACAUGAUCACUUUUGGGAAGGACAGACUGGGAGGUGUUUUAGGGCUGCUGGGGAGGGAGGCGAGGAGUUUGGCAUCCAUAUUCUCGGGGUCUCUGUUAUUAUCCUUAUGCACCAGAUCGUAAAGCUGUCACAAGCAGUCAUUUCAGCUCAUGUCAGGGUUUCUCAGAUAAAACGAGCAAAUUUAGUCUUCUGCAGCACUGCAAUGAAGAACGGGUUUCUAACACCAAAGUAGUGUGUCUCACUAUAAAAAUGAGCCACAUCACCAGUUUCAUGCAUCAUGAUACAAAUUGAGAAAAGUGGAAAUGGCUUCUUGUGACGGCUCACGCAGCACUGUCAUGCCAGCUCAACAAUGUAAGAUUUGAAAUUUUUGGUUGGGGCAAAGACAGUGUGGAGUGAAGCUGAACAAUUCAAUUCUGGUUCUUUGUUUCCUCUUCUGUGUACAUCAACAUUGUCUGUGUGUGGGGACCUGCUAAGCAGUUCUCAGUCUCUCCCGGUCAUCCUCUCUCUCCUUGUCCAGGUGUCAAGUGCUUGUCUUGAAUGAGUUCUUGUGCUCAGGGUUUUGGUGUGUUGGGCUAAAAUUAAUUUUGUAUUUUUCUAUUUUUCAGCGUAAAAUUGUAUUCUAUUCCAUUUUUUUUUCUUCCUUGAUUUUUAAGCAUUUACUGAACAAUCCCUUUAAAAUGGGCAUUAGUGGUCCUUUCCAUCUUCCAGCUAUUCCAGAAGAUGAUUUUGAAAUUGGAUAUUGUUUAGCCUUUUUUUUUUUUUUUGGCACCUUUUUGCAUUUGCUUUUUGCAGUGCAGCGUUCAGACUAUCUGUCCGGCGUAGAAUGCAACCGUGUGUAGUCUUGUAAAGUUAAGACAAAAUUAUUACAUGUUAAAGGGAGUCAAUUUGUAAUUGAAGGGGGAAUGUACGUAGUAUGGCUGAUGCUUGUGCAAUGAAAGUGUGUGUGUGUGUGUCGGACAGACAAAAAAAAAAAAAAAAGGUGGGUUUUGUUUUGUUCAUGUUUUGAGCGUCGGAGCCUCAUGCAUACUCAAGGCACCUCAUGCUGUUUGUCUGUACAUUUCCAUAAACGUUUAUCUGGUGCCAAGGGCAGUUGAUGUGGCUGGAUCUCCUAUUGCUCUUUUUGUGAUCAUGACAUAACUACCGAAUGCUGAUUUAAAUAAAGACCAUGAUUUCUAAAUAA